AUUUUAUAUCAGUUCGAGACGGAGGCAGGACGAGAGACGCGAACCUCCCUCCAUUCAAGCAGACAGAGCGGGAGGUAACGUCGUUGUUGUGGGUCUCUAGUAGAAUACGCAUCGCUCCCUUCCGUUGUUGUGCAAAAGAGCGGCAAGAUGAAGAUUGCAGUAGCUGCAACUGUUCUCUGCCUGACCGUCGUCGCUGUUGCCGCUGCAAAUCAACGCAAGGGCUGCGCCGAGCGAGGCGGGGAAUGCAAAUCUGUCGAGAGAGGCGACCAGACCACCUGUCCAGGUGGGGUCCGGAAGCUGGAUUGCUCCGGAAGUGACCGGUGUUGCCUUGCAAAAGGGGAUCGCAACCAAGCCGGGGGCGGAGAGCACGGUAACAAGGAGGAAAUAAACGACAAGAAGAGGAAACCAGACGGACAAAGGUCAGGGAAUGCCAGACCGCCAAGUAGAGGAGAAGGAAAAGGACCAAAAAAGGGAGACAGAAAUGGGGGUAGAAAGGCUGACGGACAGGGCAAUGGAAACGGAGGAGACAGGCCGAGAAAUGGAAGGAAACCCAACCAGAGUCCCGAAAAACCCAGAGAUGGGAAACCCAAAAAUGGAAGGCGACCCAACCAGAGUCCGGAAAGACCCAGAGAUGGGAAACCCAGAAAUGGAAGGAAACCCAACCAGAGUCCCGAAAGGCCCAAAAAUGGAAGGAAACCGAAUCAAAAUGAUCAGGGCGGUAGAGGUGACAGACCUAGAGGAGGAAAGAGACUUAACAAAAACGGAAAGAACCCCAAGCAAGAAGUCAGUGAGGAAGGCAGUAAUGAUAAAGGUGGGGAAGGAGGAGAGGAAGCUGGGGAAAGUUCUGAUAACAAACCACCCAAACGAGCUGGAAAUAAAGGUGGCUCAAACAGACAAGCAAGUUGUCGCGUGAAGAAGCAGUGUAAGCAGCUAAAGGGAAAAUGUCAGAGUGCGUCAUCAACCUGCAGAGGAACGAGUUACACUGGCAACAACUUCUGCCUUGGAUCAUGCUCCUGCUGCGUCAAGAAGAACCAACUGUGCAGACCCAAAAACAAAUGCAAGAAGAAGAACGGAACGUGCCAGUUUAAAUGGGAUAGCUGUGAUGGUCAGAAGCUGAAGAGGGCCUGCAAGGGGUCCUCCUCGGCCUGCGUUUGCUGUGCACCGAGGUCCUGCAAAGACAAGAACAACCAGUGCAGCGCAGCUGGGGGUUCGUGCGUGCUCAAAGGGGCCACUUGCGCAGGCCAGGUCGAUUCCAGCCUUUGUGGAAAGUUCUGUCAGUGCUGCCUGGGUAUGUACUCCUACGGGACGAUUUCAGGUCCUUUACGAAGUUGUCAGACAUUAGUAGAAUAGAUUCUCUGAGAAAAAAAGAAUUCAGAUCAAAGCUGUUAGGGAUAAAAUUGAAGACUCAUAUUGAUGAUGCUCGUUGAGUGAUAUUAUGAAAUAUAGACUAGGUCUGUUUUACGCGCAUCUUAACCGUAAUCCAAUUAGGCCUAAUGUCAGCGCGCCUCGUGCAGGCAGAACCGGGAUUUGUCGUUAUUUGGAGUUGACUGUUGUUGACUUGAGACACUCAGUCUACAUUUGAUCGUAUGUUUUUAAAAGCAUCAGCUUUUAAGAAACCUGGAUUACUUGCAGGAGUGAAGCGAUUUACUGCUUCUACAAAUUUUUUUGUUUAGUCUCACUUGUUUUGUGUGUUUUGAGUGUCCACCAGAAAUGGCUUGUCUCGAAAUGACGAUAUCGGCAGAAACGAGGUUACCAAAAGCUAUAUAAUGUCUGGCAUUAUUUUUUUUUAUUAUUAGGAUCAAGCCGCCAAACAUUGAAUCAGGUAGCGAAUUUUUUUUUCUUUUUUUUUUUUGCUGAUGGUAAUGCUGAAGGCUUUCACGAUCGGCCCCAGUUUUGCAACCGAUUUGGCUACACCAGACAAAAAAAAAAGGCGCUUUUGUGAAACCUCUCCGAUGAUAUUGCUUUUCGAUUUCCGCCGUUUGAAUCUUUAAGUGUGAAUAGCUUUGGUUUUGCCCGUGUUAUUUUUUUUAUGUUUUUGGUUUGUGUGUGAAUAGCGGUUUGCAUUGGAGCUGAGAUAACGCCUUUGCUUGUUACCCUAGGACGAGAAUGCUGUGGCAUAGCUCUCGAAUCAGUAUUGUUUCAAAGAUGAUCUUGUUAAGCCCUAUUUUUUAUUCUAAUUUGCAUUUUUUUUUGUUUUUUUUCUAUAUCAUAACCAUCCCUGCUGGUUUCGUUUUGUAAUUUUUUUCCUAUAAGUCUCCCCUCCCCAACCUGGUCUUAAUCGAAUAAUAUUUUACAAAAAAAGGAAAAAAUCUCCUCUCACUGAAACUUAAAUGAUCUAUUUGCACACCAAGUGACCUUCCGCACGUCAGUGAUUGUGACGUCGUCCUAUUUGUUUGGUGCGUUUCAUUUUAAUAGCUUCCGUUCAAAGUGAAAUGAUCGAUUAAUUAGUUUAGCGCACGUUUUAUUUAAUCGCCGGUCCUGAUAAGUAGUUGACAGGUCAGCUGCCUGGGCAAUUUAUUCAUUCAGAAAUUAGUAAGACUAAUUCUGAGGCGUUAAGAGACUAGUGUUGAUAGGAAACCAUUCUAUUGCGUAAAUCUCAUGGUAUAGUAUUUAUGAGAAUAUGUGAAUUUACAGUACCGCUUAUGAGAAGAGAAAAUGAGAAAUGAUAAGUAGGUUAAGUCUGAAUCCUGAGCAGAAAGCAAUGCAGUAGUUAUUUCCGUACAUUGAAAGAGUUACCGGAAAUAUUUAUUGCAGCAGAAUAAUGCUAGACUAAGAAAAAUCAAUAUAU